AAUUAUUAGCAGUAAAAAUGAAGGGAGGAUUUAACAAAAUGUUCAGAAAUUUUGCCGCCAUGAAGGGCAAAACUGAAUUUGAUAAGAGAAUGAUUAAGGGUACUUAUGGCCAUGAUACGAAGGAACCGAAAGAAAAGCAUGUCAGAUACCUAAUGGCUUGCCUCAAAGGAGCACAUUCAGAAGUAUCAGCUAGCCAAGCACUCAUGAAGCUUCUACAAAGAUUUAUUGAAAACACUGAAAAUUGGACUGUAAACUUGAAGGUUUUCAUCAUCUUACAUCGAUGUUUGCAAGAUUUUGAUUUAUCUCAAGCAGUAGCUCAGGAGCUCGGUGAAAAAUCAGAUAUUUUGACAUACUACAAAAAGAAGCCAAACGAUAAUACUUACGAAGGAAAGAUGAAGCUCCUUAUAUCUCAGCUGUAUUGAGCUUAUCUAAAAUUCCUGAUCAAAUUUAUGAGAAAAUCCAAGGUACUCUCUAUCAGAAUUUCAGAAGUAACCAGGCAGAUCAAGAAAAUGAAAAAUAAAGAUCUGUUCGCAACUUAUGAGAGCUUUGACAAUAUGAUUACCCAGAUUAUCCAGAUGUUCGAAAACAAUGAUUUCUGCAGAAAGUAUAGGGCUCACCAAAACUUCAUAUACAUGGUCUUCCUGGACUUGGUAAAAAUUUACAAUGUCUUCUACAUAAUGACAAUGGAGACACUUGACAGGUACAAGAAAAUGAGUUCAGCAGAGAUGAACAAGGCCUUGAUCCUCUACAAGAACUUCUGUAGUUUCACUGAUACUCUCAAGAAGGAGGCGAAUACGAUCCCUAUGUUAUUCGGGUUCUCCUUCAAAGAGCCGAACUAUUACAAGCCUGACCCGAAGAAGGAAAGAGCUAUGAAGAAUGCACUAAAAGAUAAAGAAGCCGGAGGUGAUGGCUUCGUUGACGAUGAUGACGACUUUGCAGAAGAAAUGCCUGACUUUGAAGAUCAAGAAAAGGGAGAAUUUGAUGAGUACAAGGAAGAAGAUGAAGAAGACUCCGAUGAUGACUACCAAUUUGAUAUCCUAGGAGAUAUUAAAAAGCAAGAGCAGAUGGCAUCAGUUAGUGGCGGAAAAAUUUCGAGGAAAAGUACCGGAAUGAACAAAAAGGAUAAGAUUCAGAUAGAUGAUUUUAAUACAGCUGCACUAGAUGAUUUGUUAGGAGGAGAGGCGCCUCCUCCAAAAAGAUCUGAGACAAUGGUAUCAUCUUCUAAGAAUGAAGAGGAAUGGGACCCAUUUGCUAAUAAAGACUCAAAUGUGUACAAUGAUAGCAAUCAAGCACAUUCUACUCAACAGCCAAGAGGAUCAGAUGGGAACAUUUUUGGUGAUGAAGAUAAUGAUAUGUGGUCAGGAAAUCAACCGACUUCUAGUGAACCAAUCUCCAAGCAAGAUCAAAAGCAAGCAUUAGAAGAUAUUUUGGGAGGAGAUGACUUUGGGGGAUCAUCUGGUCAAACUCCAGCUGAUUCAACUGGAGGAGGAAGCGAUUUUAAUAUGUUAAAGAACCUAUACAAUACUGCUACUGCACCUCAAAAUCAGACUUCUAUGGGUGGAGCUCAGCCUGGAUACUAUAAUACAAGUAUGGGAGCUGGAUCUGGCGGUUACACUGAUAACUCAAUGGGUUACAAUAAUAUGGGUGGUGGCUACGGAGGAGGUGGCUACCAACAAUACAAUACCGGAGGAAUGAGUGGAGGCUAUGGAGGCCAGCAGCAAUACAGUACUGGAUACGGUGGAGGCUACAAUGAUGGUUCUUCAGGGUAUAACAAUUAUGGAGGACAGCAACAAUACAAUACAGGGUAUGGUGGCGGAGGCUACGGUGUAGGAGGUGGCUAUGGUACAGGAGGAUAUCAAGAAAAUCCCCAAUACACAGGAACGGGAGGAGGAUAUGGUACAUCAGCUCCAGCAACGCAAUCGAACCAAGAUAACAAUUUUGAUCCUUUCGCCUAAUUGAUUUUGAGCUAAAUAAUUAUCAUCCUGAA